UUGAGUGUAACCCAGCUGUGAAAAUGGCUGCGCGCAGUUCUCUGUGUGGUGUGUUCGUGUGAUUUAAUUUAGUUUGGUUUAAUGUAGAGGAGCAGAAACCGCUGUAUGAUAUUAUCAUUAUAAUAAAUCAGUUAUUAAAUUUAGUCUGUGGGUGGUGAAUUAUGGCGCUCGUAGCUGCGCUGCUCCGGAGAGUCCGACUGCAGAGCGGCUGGAGUGAAGCUCGGACUUUGACUCAGGCGGCACAUAAGCCUGAGAUUAACCAUAAUGAAGACAUCAGUAAGACUUUUGUUAACCGAAACCCCAGAAAUCUGGAACAGAUGGCCCUCGCUGUGAAAGACAGAGGCUGGGCCACCGUCUGGCCCACAAAACACUACCACCACAGGCUGGUGUUCCGGCGCUCGCAGCAUCACGUCUCUGCUGAGGUUUUCUCACGUGACUCUAACGUGCCCGUGCUCACGUGCUCCACGCAGGAGUGGGCGCUGAAGAAGGAGCUGAGCUCCACCCGCUCUGUAUCUGCCUGCCGUGCUGUGGGGGUGGUUCUGGCCCAGCGAUGCUGCGAGGCUGGCAUCACACAUCUGGUUUAUCGUGAAGUACCGUGGGCCUUUCGUACAGAGGCGGUCCAGAGCUUUUGGACAGCCAUGAAGGAGGGGGGUGUGAUCCUCAGUGAGCCACGGCGCAAAUUUAUUUAAAACCUUUUUUUCUUUUUUCCUUUUAUAACUUGCCUAGACUUCUGAAUAAACAUCUAUGUGACCACA